GCCUCUAAAAGAAAUCUACGUAAAAAAGGCCUUCGUGCGAUAAAAAAAGCCAAAUUUAAAAACCUUGAUAUUUCUGUCGUUGAAGAUAAUACUAAUUCCACAUCCAAUAUUAACCUGGCCGAUGUAAGAGAAGAUAUUUUCUACGAUCCUCUAAAA